CGUUAGCUCAACACUGGUGCUGCUGCUGCUGAGCCUCGGCGGAGUGUGUGUGAGUAUGUGCGAGUGUGUGUGCUGAUGGUGGACUGUUCCCGGUGAAAGACGCCGAACCCGGCCGCGUGAAAAAUGCCUCACAGCCGCGUGUAAACGGUCGAAGCUCGCGGAGGGGAGAGAGAGAGUCAGGUGUCCGGGCGGCUAGAGAGGAAAAUAUGAGCAGGAUGUUGCAAGUUUUAGCGUGUGGCGCCGUAGUUUUCCCCGGUCUCUUCUUCGCCUUCAGGAAGAUCCUACCGUGUGUGUUCAAACACUGGAGCGAUGCCGACGUGGUACUGGUCAGCGAGAGGCUGGUGUCCUCCAUCCAUGCUGCCAUGGCAACCACAGCAGGAGCCGUUGUCGUGUCAUCAUGCUGCAGCAAUGUCAUUAAUGACAGGCACUGGCUGGCCACCUACUUUGUCAUCUGGUACGGUGUCCCCUACAUGACGUACGACAUCUUUGCCAUGUACCUCAGUCACUACUACCGCUUCCACGUCAAAGGGCAUGAGGACUACAAGCAGCAUUCACUGAGGACCAUAAACUCCUUUGUCCGUAAGGAGUUCCUGCUGGUCCUGCAUCACAUCGCUCUGCUCACCAUCCUGCUGCCUGUCACACUGUUCUUCAGAAAGGACCAGGGGGAUUUCUUCAUCGGCUGCUUGUUUCUAACAGAGCUCAGCACGCCCUUCGUGUCCCUGGGGAAGAUACUUAUUCAGCUCAGCCUCCAGGACUCCUGGCUGCACAAGGUCAAUGGCGGGAUGGUCCUCUUCACCUUCUUCAUGUGCCGCAUCGCCCUCUUCCCGUUCAUGUACUGGAUGUACGGCCGUCACUACGGCAUCCCUCUCUACAGCGUGCCCUUCCACCUGCCGCUGUCUGCCAACCUGGGCAACUCGUGCAUCUUGGCGCCGCAGGUCUACUGGUUCGUCCUGCUGUGCCGAAAGGGCUACCGUCUUUACCAGCGCAGCCGCAGCCCGGCCUCGUCUCCCACGGCCGACACCGCCGCCGUCACUGACAGUUCAAAAGAUGAUUGAUACGCGGACCACGACCGCUCGCUCUAGCCACACACUCAGCUACUAAUGCUCAGCCCAACCAUCGUACUGUAGUACACCAGGACUGCCUGCUCUCGUUCCACAACUCCCGGGCAUUUUCCGCACACUUCAACCAACUCCUCUGCCUACGUGGACCUCUCCACCUCCAAUCUAACUCUACUACUGAAGUUUAGUGAUUUUAAUUUUUUUUGGGAUGUGACUCUGGCCUGGAUCUUGCUGAAGUGCUUCACUGUGUCUGAAUACAUUUACAGCACUGAAAAAAAAGAAGAAGGAAAAAAAAAAAGAUCAUGUUUGCUGCACUGCGAGUGAAAUGUGGAGCAAACGUACCAGAAACUAAAGAGGAGAUAUGAUCCUUACUCCUACUGUUUACAGCUGCUGAUUGGAAAGGCCUGUUACAGUGUAUGUUUGUGGGUGUUAUGGCUGGUUUUGAUUUAAGAGUAACAUGUCAUAUAGUUGGAUUUCUUUUCAGAUCAUUUUAUUUGUCACGCUGGUGACAAGGAUUGGGGCCUGUGGUGGGCGGCAUGGAAGUUCAGGCAGUAUUAGCAGAGAUAAGAAAUGAGGAAUACGCGUCACCAAGCAGCUACAUCGUUACCUGGUUAAUGUGAUAGCCUCUGACUUUUCACCAGUUUCUCAUAGUGCACGCCAUUACCUACACUGUCAUUUUCAUCACAGUGUUUCCACCCUUCAUUUUCAGGUUUUUAGUUUUCCAUUAUCUGUAGGGAACUAUUUUUGACACCAUGAUUGAUUAAGAAAUGGCCCUCUCUCACACAGGGUUUUUUGUUGUUGUUUUUUUUCUUAAAGAAAACAAAAGGGGUAGACGUGAGAGGAAGUAAAGCUAAUGCAGGACAGUAAAGACACCAGAUCGUCAAAGUAAAACAGGAAAUAACCAAAUGAGAGGUUAUUUCUCCCUUGUUGCUACACGCCCUGCUCUUCUCACCAGUUAUGAUUCUUGACACAAAAGUUGGAUCAAUUCAAAAGAAAACCUGACAUUUGUUCAACUUGAGGUUGACGGUAAGGUGUGAGUGGACAGGAAAGGACUUCCAGUGAGUGAUUUAAAAAAAAGAAAAAAGACAAAAAAGAAACAGGCCCCAACCGAGGUGAACAGUAAGAUUAGACCAUUGAACUUUAUGCCAGGUAUGAUUUUUUUUGGGGGGGGGGGGCCCCUCUGUUCAAUGCUUCUGUUUUUUGCCUCUCAACGUCACUCAGUCCAGUCUGAUGGGGUGAUGUGGAAGGUACCAUGAGGCCCGAUGAAGGUCAAGCGGCUCCCAGCUGAACUCAGGGGCAAGGUCAGAGCGAUAAAUGGAGGGGUGUGGCUCACCGGGCCAAACAAACCACAAACAAUCAAACAAAUACUUCAGAUUAUUUAUAUGCACUUGUGUAUCAGGGGUUGCACUCAUCACAUAGGGGUUUUUAGAGUUACAUUAACUAUCACUUAAAUUAAAUAUAUAUCUUGACUAGAAUAGAGAGGAUCAUUUUAUUGUGCAAAAUUCCAGUUAUUAUGAAAGAAAUGAAACUUUUUACGAAUUAAUCAAAUCAGAAAACAAAGAAUUCUGCGUAUUAUGCAUUAAAUGUCCUUUUUUGUUUCCUGUAAAUUCAGUCUAUGCAAAACAAAUGUUGGUGCAUGUAUAACUGAACUAACAUCAGGUCAUAUCAAGCUCAUCCAUCCCUCAUAUGAUGUGCUUUUUGCACAGUUUUCUAGGAAUCUGUGUUUAUCUCUGCUCUACAUUUCAGUCUUAUUACUGAGUCUUAGUUGUUUUAAUUUUUUUAUUUAUUUAUAAUUGCGUAAUGAUUAAAAAUAACUUCAUAUUCAUUGUUAGUUUGUUUUAGUGCACAUGGACACAUUAGAGCUGAAUCAAAACUCACUAAAAAUCCAUUUAAAUGGAACGUGGCGCAGCUUACAGCUAACAGGCAUGCAGCAAACCGCCUUAUGUUAAUCCAGAGUUUUUGUGUCUUUGCUUUAAAAUCUAAAUUGUUGUCUCCCUCUUUUUGGCAGCUUCUGCCAAGCUGUUGUAUAAAUGAGAAAGCAUAAUGUAACAGUAGUACAAGUUGGAGCACAGAAAGCUUCUGAACUCUCUUUUGCCCAGAUUAUUGAUGGGAUCAAAGUGACUGCUCGUGUUAGAAACACAUUCUGCAUGACAGCUCAGAUAUUUUCCCUCUGUGAGUCUGAUCAUCACAACUUGUUGUGAGGGGGGGAGCUAAAGAAGAAGCCUGUUAGCUGAGCAGCAGUGUGGGGAAGAGGAGGCGAGCCGGGCAGCUGAAUGAUGGGCUUGUUUGUCGAGGUUGGCUGGAGUGCGUCAGGGUGCUUUUGUUACUGCAAACAUUCCUCGCUCUUUGUGUUGCUUUCCUGCAUCUUUCAGCUGAAUUUCUCCCACUUUCUCUUUUGAUGAUUCUAAUAGUAUUAAAAGAAUUACGAUAUCAGUUUAUCGGCUGUUUUUUUUUUUUUUUUUUUACACGUAGAGGGUUUAAACAUUCUCCAAAUCCCCAAAAAAUCAGAUCCAUCCCCAGUUAAGGCAGUGAGUCUGGGCUACCUUAACUCUAUGCAAGUAAAACCCCGCUUCUCAGCAUGUUAUUUACACACAAGGUGUUUAUAUUCAUGCUAAAGACAGAACUACAGUUCAGAACUGUGGAUGUUUUUAUCCCAGAUUCAGGUUUCAGAACUUUACAACUCUCACGCACAAAAAAAUGGAGUGCAUCUAGUCUCUUACACUGCAAGGAGGUGUUAAUAAUAGGAGGUUGUUGUUUCAGCACCCUACGCUGAAGAAGACGCGUCUCAGUGGAAUAUCUUCUUCCCCACUUAAAUGUCCUCAGUGUCUGGUCUGCUUCUGGGAUGACCUCUGAGAUUGAGAUUAAUAAACUGGGCUUGAGUCUAACAGCUGGUUUAAAGUCUCCACUUUCACUGCAGUUAUAAUCAAUAAGUUCCACUCUACUUAAAGUUACUGUCCCACUGUUUCUGCUCCUUUCAUUCAUUUGAACUCAGCCCCAUCUCUUGGUUUGCUGUGAAGCUAGCAGAGCAGAAUGAGCCCUCACCUCCUCUCUGCCGCCCUCUGCUGUCAGGCCCAUCCAUUGCUUGUCCACUCUGAAGGCUGUGCAGUUGAGAUUAAAUAUCUCAAGUUUUCAGCCAGCGUGACCUCACCCUCCCCGAAAUGUAGCGGAAAAAACUGACAGGUACAUUUGUUUUCUUGUGUUUGGAGGAGGGGACAGAACAGAAAGAACUUGCUGUGGGAAAGUGUGCUUUUUUUUUUUUUUGUUUGGGGUUUUUGUGUGAUACCCUAAAGUUGAGCCUGUCUUCAUAGCUUGCAUAAAUGCCAUCUUGUUGACUUUUUCCUAAGAGGACUUUUAGAAGAUUGUUCUGAAGCUUUUUUUUGGCCUGGAUUUGGCCUCUCUGCUCAACAGGAUGUUGAAGUUUAGUGGCUUCACUAAUAAAAUUCAGUCUUAGUUUUGAAAGCGUGGGAAAGAUGUUUUAAAAUGUUAAAAUAAUUAAAAUAUAUAAACAUUCCAGUAUCCUUAUGUAAAAUUGACCCCAAUUUCAACACCUCAAAUCCUUUAUUAACCGUUUUUCAUCCCCUAUUGGUUCAUUUAUUUUUGUUUUUUCAUAGCCAGGUGACAACAAGCCACUUUACUUUCAUUGCUUGAGAGCAUCACUGCCACAUGAAAUCAUGAGUAGUAUAAAUGCAUAUCUUUCUACAUCUAUCACUCAGUAGGCUCUGAUUAUAGAAGACCAUAAAUUCAUCCUCUUUGCUCAGGGUUUGAUGAACUUGUUAGGAAACCGUGUGUGUAAUGUAGAGGUUUACUGUAAGAUGACGAAGCUAUGAGACUGAUUCUGAAGAGGAUCACAGUGUGCUGUUUCUUCCUACGUGAUGUUUGUCAAAGCAUCAGUUUUCCUUUUUAGAUUUUUCUCGUAUUUAUGCCUCCUGACAUGGCUUGUGAUAGUUCAGCUUCUAAGGGUUGGUAAACCGAAGACUGAUUGCAGUAACUAUAGUCAGAUUCUUUUCAGUCUUGUCUUAAUGGCUUAAAGUUACCCACAUGUCACCCCAGCUAAAAACCUAACUAACCUCCCAUUUUGCCGUCCUCUCUAUAAGCUCACCAACACUGGGAUUUAUUGAAGGAAAGCCUCUGCGUUCACACAAAGUGGACAGAAGUUUGGGAUCAGUUUGUUAAUUAAGGGAAAAGCUAAAUUUUAGCUCCAUAGUUUUAUUCAUGGGCUCCACCAGAGUAGCUUUGCAUGAUUCACGGUUCAAAAUCAUCCUUGUUCUGUAACAUUCAAGGGUAAAUUUAAAAAAAAAAAGUCUGAACAACAUUUAACAUGAGCACCAUUGUUAUGACAGAAAAUCAGGAAAAGCACAAUUGACCCCCGUUAGUCAUAAAUUAUUAAUGAUGUUUAAUAGAUGCCUCCCACCAGGUGCAAUCUGCUUGAAAUCAAAGUGGUUAUCCCCGAGUUAAGGGUAUUGCUUACCCUAACCUCUGGGCAAAAUUCAGUGAAAUCACCAGGCAUUGCUGUUCUAAUUCUACUUCAGUGUAACUGCAAGGUUUUAUCAUUUUAAUCUCCUUGAUAAUUACAUAAGCAAGACGUUUCUGUUCAUCAAACUAGACACUGAUGUACUUGUCCUCUUGCUUUCCCACAACUUUUCAACUGUUUCUGUUCUUUUCAAGGCAGCUGUUUUCAGCUUUUCUGUUUUAUACAAACUGUGAAUCAAUUGACUUAGAAUACUCUUGAGGUGUUUCAGAAGAAAGCUAUUUCUCUUUGGCUGUUUUGCGACUUUAAAGCAGCCUAAAGAUUCUCAACAAAGGUACUUUGUUUCAAAAACAAAAGCAUUUUGGAGUGACCCUAGACCUUUUGGGAGCAAUGUGCUUUAUCUUUUUAGCACAGUGGCUGAAAAGUCAUUGCUAAUGUUAUGUUUGGACACAUUAAUACAAAAAUCAUAUUAACUUCUUAUAUGUAAGGUUGUAUUUUAACCUUGGAACACCUGUUCUAUGGUUAAACUCGGAAUAUGGUCAUUUAAUCCACCUUUGAACAACGCUGGAUCCACUGGACCAGGCUAAUGCUAGCAUAGGCUAACGCUCGUCUAAGCUAGUGGUAGCAUAGGCUAAUACCAGUAUAGUGCGUUCUAUUGUCUUGGAAGUCUGAGCUGGGAGUGAUGUCAUUUCCAGUAGUAAAGUCAUAACAGCAAGACAAAAAAAAGGAUUUGUGUUGUUCUUUGGUAAGGUAGAAUCAUACUUCAAUAGCAAUACAGGGAAAUGUACCACUGCUGUACUUUCAUGCAUACAGUUUGAGCAGUGCUCUGCAUAUGAUUUAUUUAGUGAGUCACCUAUGUACAACAAUUAAAAGUUUCAUAGUUUUAUCACUUUUUACAUUCCCCUGGAUUGUUAAGUCAGCCCUGUUGGGGCUGCUCAGACUUCCCAAGUUGAUAAUGUGAUGUCAGGGUGCUGUGGCCAGCUGAAAAUUCUGACUUCUAAUUUUAAAGUACAAUGGAACGCACUAUAAGCUGGUGGCAGCAGAUGGUAAGCAUGAUUUCAAGCUAAUAUAGACAACACUGCUAUAAAAUAAUGCUAGCAUAAGCCGUUGUAAGCUAGGGGUAGCAUAGCUUAACACUAGCAUAGGCUAAUGCUUUUUUAAAGUAAUGCUAGCAUAAACCACCAUAAACUAGUGAUAGCAUAGGCAAAUACUGGCAUAGGCUAAUGUUCUUAUGCUAGCAUAAGCCAGUGCUGAUAAAAGCUAACAAAGUCCUACAUAAUGCUGAGUAAUAGCUGCCUUUUUUUUCUUUUUUUCUUUUUUUAAAUGUUGUUGUUCGAGACAGAAUACUCCAUGUUAAUCAUUUAACAUACACAACAGUGCUAUAAUAUUGAGUGGCUGUAGACUGUGAGUGAUUGAAGCUUCAAGUUAACCCUUAGAUGUCUUUUCGCAAACUGUUAAGUUUCCAUGCUAAUACUUUAGCUUUGGCUACUAAUUUGUUAUUUAAAGAGAAUUUAGCGACCAAUUUCUAUGUUACUGUCAUGUUCAUGUUAUUUAAAGGUCAAAGUUGUGGAUUCUUGAAAUACAAAUGAGGACAGUGGGGUCUCUUCAGGUCUUGUGACAGAGGAUGUGGUAGUUUGCUGCUUUCUUUAGUCUCACAUAUCCAUAUAUCAGGUUUAAACCUUCUCUUUCUGACUGGAGCUGGAGGAGGUUUAAAAUAAACUGUUGGUUUAAAAGCUAUGAUGGGUUUUUAAAUUCUAACCAAAUAUUCUCAUCAAUUUAGAUGAAGAUUGUGUGCUGGAUUUGGGAGUAAAUUUAACAUUAGAAAACAAUAUUUUGCUGUUUCUUCUGAUGAGAUGUCAAUAAAAUAUAUUUAACCUUAAAGAUAUUGAACGGGUUAGAAUAUUGAGCACUGCAAAAAGGAAAACUGUGUUGCUGGUACUGAUUUUGAUCUGUGGACAGUGAACCAAACUUGGUCUCCAGUGCCUUGUGAAAAAUCUAUUUGUGACACCCAUAAAAACUCAGUUUAAAAAAAGAGCUAAGAUGGCAGGCAGUGUUUAUAGGUUGUGGCUGUAUUUGUCAUGUUUGUUGUUGUCAUCCUCAAAGAGAAAUGAUAUUUCAGUUAUUUUUGGUCUUCACAGCAAUCAUUAAGACAUAUCUAAUAGAAGCAAGAUUUCAGAAGGUAUAAAGUUGGCCUGUGAUGCUCGUCUGUAUUUCUAUUCUUAUGUUCUUCUCGAGUUACUUUGCAUGAUUCAAGGUUCAAAAUAAUUAGUAUAUGUUGUAUACUGGGCUCUUGAGCAGUGAUACUUCCUGCCCCUUUAAAUGAACUUUUCCCCUCCCACAAGUGGGUGGGGCUUCUUUACUUACCAUAUUAGGGAUGUCCACUAAUGAGAUCAUACACAGCCAGGUGUGGAAAAAAACAAUCUAAAACCAAAUGUUUAAAGCAAAACUGAUCCUGUUUUACCUAAUUAUUUCAAACUUCGAUCAUGUUAUGAGCAAAGAAAAUACAUGACAGAAAAUAUGGAAGAGCAUAAUAGGUUCACUUUAAACAAUCUGAAACAAACCACCACACAUAUAUAGACAUGUCUUCAGUACACUUUAUUUGAUCCUGGUGAAGCUAUGGCAUUUAUGUAAUAAAUAAUCUAAUAUUUAGCAUUUUAUAGCAUUUCAUUAGUACUUGAACCAUUCAAAUGUCUCUCAUAGGCUUAAGUUUGUUUGCAGUGUUUCCAUCGAUUUAGCGAGAUGUGUCUGUUUUAGAAGUUUGGAUUGAAAUCUUUCUGUCCAUAUCACUCGCCCUUCCUGAUUAAAUGCAGCACUUUCACAACCUUUAACACUUCCUGCCCUGCAUUAUUUUUGAUAACAUUCUAAUUUUUCAUACAUAUAUAUCAGGAUUGAUGUAUCUGCCCUUUCUUUUUUGUAGUGUGACCGUUCGUUUUUUUGUUUGGUUUUUUGGGGGGGGUUUGAGGAAAUUUCCUAUCUGAAAAUGAGACUGGAGUGUUUUAUGAGAUAAUAUGAGGAGUCAUGUAUUGUUGCAGCUUGUGAAUUCAGAGCACCCCUUUAAAAUUCAAUAAAUUUGAUUUGGUAGACUGUU